UCCUCCUGGAAAGAAGAAGAAAAGCAGAGGACGAACCCCAACCCCUCUCCUCCCCUGCCGCAAGAAAAAGCAGAGCCAAAGCCGUAGCCAAAGCCAAAGAGAUUCUUCUCCACCUCCAUUCCACGCAUUUCCACAUCAUUCAUUCCCUCUCUGUCUCUCUGUCCCUGCGGCGAUCGGACAAUUCUCUUCCGAUUCUCUGUCGUCCACCGUUGCUUUCCCCGCCCCUGCCUCCCUCCCUCGAAGAUUCUUGUCCGGCCGACAUCUUUCUGCUACUUUCUUGAUCGCUUUCUUCAAGCCAAGAAUCUCCCAUCACCACCCAACCACCCCCAACGCUCCUCCUCAAGAAAGGAAAGGGAAAAGAUCACACAGAAGGAGAAGUUCGCCAACCCAUCUCAUCCGUCUCCGCUUGCUUACAAUUCGUUCUCGCUUGUCUGCCCCCGGAAAAAAAAAAAGAAGGGAGGAAGAGAUGCUUUCCUCUUUUCCUUUUUCGUCGACGCCCCACCCCACCCCCCAUAUCAUCUUUUCUUUAACGAUGCUCCACCCCCAUUCUCCCUUUCCCUCCCCUUCUUUUGUGCCCUCCCCCCCCCGCCCGCCCUGUUCCCUUUUCCCCCCUCCCCCCCUUUUCGCUCCUGCUCUGUUCGUAUUCCGGCGACUUUCUGUACAUAUUUCGCGGUUCCCAACAUGGCUCCUCCUUCUUCCAGCGUCAACCAUCUUUCCCAGCCUUGUAUUUACGCAGGGGACUUUGUGUCUUCGUACGCAGAGAGAAAAUCACGUUUUAUGAGAUGGCUGGGGAAACUCUUUAAGAGUGGAUCUGGGCGAGGAGGGUCUAGUCGUUGUCCACAGUAUCUAGGCGACGAAAACAUGGUCUGGCGCGCACCUGCUAGAUCAGUGGAUGAUCACUCUAGAGGUGACAAGGAAAAAGAGGACCUUGACAGAGCAGUUGCACUCUCUUUGGCCGAAGAUCUGAGGCGGCAAAAUGGGUGUAGACGGCGGACAGACAGCGAUGAAAACAUUGCUAGGGAGCUUCAUGAUAGUAUAAAUGGACCUUCAUACCCUCCUCCCCCAUGUACGCAAAAUUAUCCAAGAGGAAGAUUUAGAGUAUGUAGUGGCUGCAACCGUGAAAUAGGCUAUGGCAACUAUUUGGGUUGUAUGGGAACUUUCUUCCAUCCAGAAUGCUUUUGCUGUCGUGCUUGCGGGUACCCCAUUACAGAAUAUGACUUUUCAUUGUCAGGAAGCGAUCCUUAUCACCAGUCUUGCUUCAAGGAGUUGACACAUCCAAAAUGUGAAGUCUGCCAUCAAUUUAUCCCAACAAAUGGAGCGGGUUUGAUUGAGUAUAGAUGCCAUCCUUUCUGGUCCCAGAAGUACUGUCCAUCGCACGAGCAUGACAACACAGCCCGAUGUUGUAGUUGCGAGCGUUUGGAGUCAUGGAACCCAACAUACAUAUCUUUGGGAGAUGGACGGAGUUUAUGCCUAGAGUGCAUGGAAUCUGCUAUCAUGGAUACUGGUGACUGUCAAUCACUUUAUCAUGCGAUCAGAGACUACUAUGAAGGAAUGAACAUGAAAUUGGAUCAGCAAAUUCCAAUGCUUCUGGUUGAAAGACAAGCACUUAAUGAGGCUAUUGUUGGAGAAAAAAAUGGCCACCAUCACAUGCCUGAGACGAGAGGUUUAUGUCUUUCUGAGGAGCAAACCGUGUCCAGUGUUCACAGAAGGCCCAGAGUUGGAGGCCACAGGCUUGUUGGAAUGAGAACUCAACCCCAGAAGUUGACAAGGAAAUGCGAAGUUACGGCCAUUCUUGUUCUUUAUGGUCUACCAAGGUUGCUAACCGGUGCUAUUCUUGCUCAUGAGUUAAUGCACGGAUGGUUACGCCUUAAAGGUUACCGUAAUCUUAAUCCUGAGGUAGAAGAAGGCAUAUGUCAAGUUUUAUCGUACAUGUGGCUCGAAUCAGAAGUCGUGCCUGAAUACAGAAGUGCGCCAUCUACAUCAGCAGCUUCCUCGUCUUCUACAUCUUCCAAGAAAGGUGGGAAGUCUGAGGUUGAGAAGAAACUCGGCAAGUUUUUCAUGCAUCAAAUUGCCAACGACACCUCCCUGGCAUAUGGAGGAGGUUUCAGGGCUGCCAAUGCAGCAGUCAACAAGUACGGUCUGCGACGUACGCUGGACCACAUUAAAUUGACCGGUCUUUUCCCUUAGUGAAAGCAUUCAUCGCCCACAUUGCGACCUCUCCAAUUGCUUAUGUGAAUUGGAAAUGCUUUCGGCUUCUGAGAUUUGAGUGGACCAUGGCAAAUUGUAAACGGCCCCCAUGAAUUUUUUAGGGGUUCUCAAAGAUGCAUGUUUACAAUGCCUAAUAAUAUGCAUUAUGUGGUUUCAUAUUCA